UUUUUUUCGAUUAGCAUUAAUUAAUGCAAUCAUUUUUAUUUAUUUUGUAUUGCGUUGUUGUUUGUUUAUUUUGAUCUUUAUAAUUUUUUAUUUGGUUCUUCUUGUUUGUUCGUUUAUUAUCUUUUUUAAAUUCUUUUUUUAUGUAUUUAUUAGUUUUGGAUGGGUCCUGCGUCCCCCUUCUCGUAAAAUGUUAGAUAUAUCGCUAUACUUAAUUUUCGUUCAAAAUCACGGCGAGAUUUUUUCCGGAGAAAAUAAUUUUGUGAACACUUCUAAUUUUAUCUAGCACAAAGGACUUCCUCACAGUUUUCAGGGAAGUCUACGACCUAUCAGAUCUGAGAUCAUAUCAAACCGAACUAUUCAAAGUUCUGCCUCAUGUUGUCAUUUCUUAAACGUAGGGAUUCAUGAUUAGAUCUAUCGGUUUCUAGUUUAUAUGACAAACUCUAAUUGCAUUUUUGAGAUUUUUACAAAUUCGGAAAAACUGGGGACAGUAGAAACUGGAAAAUAUUGACGUCAUCAUUGUGAUUUCCCUAUUGCAGUUUGGAUUAACAUAUGUAAAGGAAUUUAUAAAGAAAACUAAUGGAGCCGCGGUAAUUUUACAUGAUGAAUGGAACACGCACUCCUGCAGUGGUAUAUAGCACAAGGAACGGGGACGUUUCGUAUGACAUGAUAUCACCAAUGCCGUCAAGCACACGGAGCACACAUGAAGGGAGCCUGACCCAGGGUAUCGGUCAGAUAUCCAUGACUGAUAUCAAUCUGGAGCAGGCUUUGGACAGAAUCCAGGAACUUCACAGGGAGAAUAAUGAACUCAGAGAUUACCUACGGGACAACAAUGAGAAGAUGAAGAUUCAGUAUCAGAAUUUGUCGGAAUGGAAGGAGAAAAUCCGAGUCAACAACACCAAAAAUAAAGAAAAGUUUGAUCAGACGAGGGAAGUGGUCCAGUCCCUGACCAAGGAGAAUGAGGAACUCCGGCGAGAAGCCACUUCAAAGGCUGCCCAGAUGUCACAGCUGGAGAGAUCGGUGCAGGAGGUCAGGAGUGAGCUCAAAGCAAAACAAGAAGCCACCUCAGGAAUGACAAGGACCAUUGAGGAACUGAGGAGAGCGCUGGAGAGUAAAUCUGUCAGCAGGUCCUCAGACUGCCUCGAUACCGCACUUGUGAAUACAGACAGCAGUGAUAGUGAGACUCUGAAGUCCAGAGUAUCAGAACUGGAGCAGCAGCUGGAGCAGUUCAGGGACAGUAAUGACAGUCUACUGCGAGACAUGGAGUCCUACAAACAUGUCAAACAAGAACUGCAGGAGGAGAACGCAAAACAGGAGAGAGAAAACGCCGAGCUGAGUCAGAAAAUCGAGACUCUGCUGAACGAGAACAAGGGUGUGAAAUCUGAGGCUAGGAUGUUACGGAGUCGUGUGGAAGAUCUACAGGAGCAGAUGUCUCGCGUCCAGACCUCAGCGGUCAACAAAGAGGAAGACAGGAAGACACAGACAGCAGAGUAUACCCAGUCAGAGUUAGGGGAUCUGAGGCAAAAGCUGAGAAUGAAAGAAGAAGAGAUGGCUCGGUGCCAGGAGCAACAUCAGCAACACAUAUCAAAACUGACGAAUGAGCACCAGCAAGAGAGACAGGAACUAAUGCAAAAACUGGAUGUACUGCAACACGAACUACAGCAAACCAAGGAUGAACAGACUAAAGCAUACACGAGUGAUGUCCAGAGUCUCCGCAGUCAAGUGUUGACCCUGAUCACGCAGGUCACCGAGUUACAGAAUAAAUAUGAGGCAGCCACUGAAGCCCUGGACAAGAAGAACAGCAAAGUUCUGGAAAUAGAACACCAGACCACUCUGAUGCAGGAGAACUUCCAACGACAGCGUGCAGAAGAUUCCGCCGUGAUAGAGACACUACGACUCUCCCUGAAAAGUUACGAGGACGCUCUUAAUGCGGAGAGAAAGGAACACCAAAAUACCAAGAAGAUAUCAGUAGAUCUCCGGCAGUCCUUCAACCAGUUGGUGUCAGAUCACAAAAAUCUGUCCGAGAAAUACAAAAUGCAGGAGCAAUCCCGACAACAGAGUGGAUGUACAGAAACAGAGAAACAGAAACUGCUGGACCAGAUUGGUCGUCUCACCGCGCAGGUGUACGCCGGGGAGGAGGCCAUUAAUUACAGAGAGGAGAAGCUGAAGAAAGUGGAAGAAGAUAAUAAGAAGAUCAAAGAGGAACUCAAUAAUGUGGUCCCUGUUCUAAAGGCUCAGGCUGAGGUGUGGAAGUCGGAUUUUGAUGCUGAGAGAGAUGCCAGAGAACGCCUCCAUGCAGAUAAAACUCAACUAGAAGCCGACUUCAAGCAGCUCCAACUGCGUAAUCAACAACUAUUGGACGAGAUGGAGAGCUUCUCUAAGCGUCAAUUCCAGGAGAUGCAGCAGCGCCACUCCAACCAGGGCUACCAGCACUCCAUUCAGCAACACCUCAGGGUCGGGCAACAAAACCACGGCAGCCCUUACCAGUUUCCACAUUAUCCACCCCAGGGCUACCCCAGCCAGUCCCCCGGGGCAGGAGCAAUGUACAAUGAGGCCAGAUCACCUGUUGCAGCAGGGGGACAGACCCAUAGCGGCUCUCAGGAGGGAGAGGACCCCCAACAAUUCGAGUGUCCGAAGUGUAACCAGACCUGUCCGGACAUGGAUACCUUACAGAUACACGUACUGGACUGCAUUGACCAGGACAACCCCUGAUGACCACAAAAUUCAUCAUGCAGGAGAGAGAGAGCUUUGAAUUCAUUCAUUCAAUUUGUCGUUGUUGAUAUCUGCAGAGCUCUAAAGAUGAGGACAUGCCGUUUUGGCUUGUGUGACUGUCUGUUUCCUAACUGUAAAGGAAAAAGAAGUCUCCUGGUUUGGUGGCUGUGAAAAUAUUUAAAUACUCUCACAUUUCAUGAAGGACCUGAAUUUGUGAUCAUUAUACAUCGCCCUGUCAUGAAAAGUAGUCAUUUUACAGUGGACAAAACAAAAAACAUGAAGUGUAGUGAUUUUACGGUAUAACAUAAUAGGACUUCAAAUUUUAUUUGGCAUACUUACUCAGAUAAUGUACAAAUUGUACUGAGUGAAGGUCAAAAAUAAGGUCACAUACCAUUAGGAAUUUUACUGCACCGGGAGGCAUCACUUUUCAUGUUUUAUUCAUCUUGCCAGUGUAUUCGAUUACAUGGCCAUUAAACUGAGAGCCAUAAUUAAUUAUUUCAUUCACAUAUAUAUGUGCACAUUGAUUUUAUGUUAUCUUUUGUCUCACAUUUGUAAAGCACUUUAGAGAACUAAUGUUGAUAGGGCGCUAUUUAAUUUUUCCAAUUACAAUUAAUUACAAUUACAAUUAAAGUGAGUACAUGUACUAUACUCGGUACUGGAAUUCAUUCUCUUAGUUUUAUGUAUAAACAAAUACAGUGUAUAACAUGUAUUUUCUGUGUUUUAGUUUCCUGUUAAAGUGCAAAGCUACUACAAUGCACUUCAAACAUUUGACCAGAGUAAUAUCCACAAUGAUAUUAGGUAAUCUGUUUGUAUAGCAGUAAUAAAUCUACGGUCAUUAAAGACUCCGUCACUUGGGAGGAAGUUUAUGUACAAAACCAGUUUUAAUGAUUCUCGGACAUAAAUGUACAUUUCUUGAAAUGUUUACCAAUUAUAUGAAACAUGAUAUUGUACUGUCAGUUGUGAGAAUCGAGUGCACGUCUCUAAAUAAGAGAAAGAUGCAGGAAAGGUUAAUCUUGUUUAGGUUUAAAGCCGUGAUUUGAUCAGAGCUUCUGAUAACAUGAGUCAAUACACAAUGGUUUACAUGUAUGUUUCUACUUUAGUACGAUGUCAUGUGACUGGUAAUGGGAACUGCCUGUAAAUAAGAAUUAACCAGGGCCAAACUUUUUUUUGGGAGAAACUAGUUUAUACGUUUUGCAUAAUUAUUUACUUUUUGUUUGAAGUGAUUGAAGAUUGUCAAUCGAUUGAAUGUUUUCAGUACAUGUUUUUGCUUUAUAUUGUGAUACAGUGUUAUGCUUCACAAGUUGUCAAGUGAAUUCUGUGAUACGAUUGUAAUUAUUAUCAUCGUCCUAUAAUAAAGAAUGCAUGCAUUACAAGAACUA